AUGCCUGGUAAUAUACCGCAUUUGUCAACACUUGAUGGUUUAAUUAAUAAAUCGAAUAUGACUUUAACUGAAGCAGAAUUUAAAUUUGACUCACUUCAAAAGUUUCAAUCAGGUUUUGGAUUUUGUUCUGAAGAUACUACUGGUGUCAUUCCUAAAGUUGAAUACGAUUCGUCGACAAACUCAUUCAUUGGAUUUACAACACCAAUUGUUGAUGGUAUUCCAUUGAUGAAACAUUAUCAAGCUGAUACAUUUGAUGAUUUUAAAAUCAUUUAUA